AUGGAUAGAAAAGCUAGAGAGUAUGCUCAAGAUUUAUUGGAAUUCAUCCGAAAUAGUGGUAGUAGUUUUUUAGCUUGUAAAAAUUUACGAGAUAAAUUAAAAAAAAGUGGAUUUACACAUUUAAAAGAAGGAGAAAAAUGGAAUUUAAAAACAAAUGAAGGUUAUGUAUUAUCUAAAGAAAACAGAAAUAUAUGUAGCUUUUUUAUUGGAAAAAAUUUUAAUAUAGAAAAUGGUUCUAUUUUAAUAUCGGUUGGACAUAUUGAUUCUUGCUCUUUAAAAAUUACUCCAAAUAAUAAUGUAAUAAGAAGUAAAAUAAAUCAAAUAAAUGUUGAGUGCUAUGGUGCAGGACUAUGGAAUACUUGGUUUGAUAGAGGAUUAGGGUUAUCAGGUCAAGUAGUAUAUAAGAAAGAAGAUAAGUUGAUUGAAAAAUUAAUUCAAAUUAACAAAUCUUUAUUUUUUUUGCCAAGUUUAGCUAUUCAUUUGCAAAAAAGAACUAGGUUUGAGUUUUCUCUUAAUAUAAAUUAUGAAGAACAUUUGAAGCCCAUUCUUUCUACUACAUUAUUUGAUAAUAUUAUGAAAAAAAGGGCAACAGAAAAAAGAGAAGUAGAAAACCAAAUGGUAAAUGAUAAUUCGUCUCCUUUAUUGUAUGUUUUAACUAAAGAAUUAAAUUGUAAAGAAGAAGAUAUAUUAGAUUUUGAACUAUGUUUAAUGGAUGUGCAAGAACCCUGUUUUACAGGAGUUUAUGAGGAAUUCAUUGAGGGCCCUCGAUUUGACAAUCUUGUUGGUUCUUACUGCAUUUUUCAGUCAUUUAUUGAAUUAGUAAAUCAUAUAAAAAGUAAUGAUAAAAAAAAUAAUAUUAAUUAUGAUAAUAACUUGUAUAUAUGUAUUGGCUAUGACCAUGAGGAAAUUGGAUCACAAAGUGAAGUCGGUGCUCAAUCUUAUUUAACAAAAAAUAUUAUAGAGAGAAUUAUUAGGUGUGUUUUUAAAAAUGAAUUAAAUAAUAAUGAUACAACUGUAGAUGAAAUAUAUGGAAGUUUAGUUAGCAAGUCAUUAUUACUAAGUGUUGAUAUGUCUCAUUGUAGCCACCCUAACUAUCCUGAAACCACUCAAAAUAACCAUCAGUUACAUUUUCAUGAAGGAAUAACUUUUAAAUAUAAUGCAAAUAAAAAUUAUGUAACUUCUCCAUUUUAUGCUAGCUUAAUUAAAAAAACUUUUGAAUUGUUUUCAAAAGAAAAUGAGCCAAUUAAACACCAAAAUUUCAUGGUGAAAAAUGAUACUCCGUGCGGAAGUACAAUCGGUUCAAUGCUUGCUUCGAGUUUAUCUAUGCCAGGUAUAGAUAUUGGAAUACCCCAGUUAGCUAUGCAUUCAAUUAGAGAAAUUGCAGGAGUUCGCGAUAUUUAUUAUUUAAUAAAAGGCACUUUAGCUUUUUAUACUUAUUAUAACCAAGUAUUAUCUUGUUGUGUUACUGAUUCAUAA